UUUUCCCUCACUGGCCACCGUAGGCUACGUCAUAGGUAAACACUCUAUGCUAGGUUUAGCCACACACUUGGGAGCUAACAUGGCUUUUACACUCUACUCCCUCAUUCAAGCAGCGAUUCUGUGCGUGAACGCCGUGGCUGUGUUACACGAAGAACGAUUUUUAAGUAAAAUCGGCUGGGGAGUGGACCAGGGCGUGGGAGGAUUUGGUGAUGAACCAGGCAUCAAGGUGCAGCUCAUGAACCUGAUUCGGUCUGUAAGGACCGUAAUGAGAGUUCCUUUGAUAGCAGUAAAUGCGGUCUGCAUCGUUUUGCUGCUUCUGUUUGGAUGAAGAAAACGAUUAAAGAAAGAAGCGAUUGGAUCAUCCAUCCCAGAAAGCUGUUGAUGUUUACAAUGUUGAUUAAAAAGCCAUCACACAAUAAGACAUUUUAGUCUUACAACGUAUUUGCCCAACAUUGUAGUGGUGUCAUGAAAUUGUGAAAUUCGUUGUAUUCCUGUUAAUAAAAAUUUUGUCCCAUC